CCACAACGUCCUCUAGAUGGCGCUGUUAAUUUUGAAGAGCAAACUCACCGGAAGUCUCGCGUUGUUGUUUUGUUUUCACCGGAUGCUAUGUUCAGAGUUUCAAAACACACAAGAGUCUGCAGGCAUCCCUCUGUAACUUCUUUCACUUCUUUUGCUGCCACUCAGAGGCUUUUCUUAUCAUUCUAACGGAUUAAAACGGACUUCCAAGAUGGCGGCUCCGCUGCUGGAGUUCGAGACCGAGAUGUUUCUGAGUCUCUUUGAGUCCGACGGGCUGCUGGUUGCGGCGGAAGGUCUGGGGAUAGACCGCAUCCUGCUGCAGUUCAUGCGGGUUUACUCCGAGGAGGGCAGCCUGGUCCUUCUGCUCAACACUACCACACCCGAACAGGAAUAUUUCACAGAGCAAUUACGAAUAGAGGGUGUGAGCCAUCUGCCCAGGACGGUGACCAGUGAUGUCCAGAGCACUGAGCGUUACAACGUUUACACUGAAGGAGGGGUUCUGUUUGUCACCAGCAGAAUCCUAGUAGUCGACUUCCUCACCGAUCGCAUCCCGGCUCACCUUAUAUCAGGCAUCCUGGUGUACCGUGCUCAUAAGAUCAUCGAAUCAUGUCAGGAGGCGUUCAUUCUUCGCUUGUUCAGACAGAAGAACAAAACUGGCUUCAUUAAGGCCUUCACUGACAAGGCUACAGCCUUCUCCUCCGGCUUCUGCCAGGUGGAGCGCGUCAUGAGAAACCUGUUUGUCAAGAAGCUAUACUUGUGGCCAAGAUUUCAGGCGUCUGUGAACACAGCGCUGGAGAGGCACAAGCCAGAGGUGGUGGAGCUGCAUGUGUCUCUAACGCCAGCUAUGAGAGCCAUCCAGAGCUCCAUCAUGGACAUCAUGAGUGCCUGUCUGAAGGAGCUGAAACGCUACAAUCCUACCCUGGAAGCUGAGGACCUGUCACUGGAGAAUACCUUGGGAAAUGCAUUUGAAAAGACAGUCCGUCACUACCUAGAUCCCCUGUGGCAUCAAUUAGGAGCAAAAACAAAAGCGCUGGUCCAGGAUCUUAAAGUUCACAGGGUUCUCCUUCUCUAUCUUACCCAGUACGACUGCGUCACCUUCCUCAAUCUGCUGGAGUCUCUGCGCUCCAGCCAGAAGAUCUUUGGUUCCAACUCAGGCUGGCUGUUCCUGGACUCCAGUACCUCCAUGUUUGUAAAUGCAAGGAGCAGAGUGUAUCGUAUCCCUGAGACCAAAAAGAAACCCAAACUAGUUGGAGAGGCGGAGAAAACGAAACCCUCCUCUGCCUCAGAGGUGAAGCGGGAGCUGGUGCUGGAGAAGAGUCCAAAAUGGGAGGUUCUGACUGAGGUUAUGGAGGAGAUUGAGAAGGAAAACAAGAACUCUCAGAAUGAACCAGGUCGUGUGCUGAUUUGUGCCAGUGACGACCGCACCUGCGCACAGCUGCAGCAAUUUCUCAAACACGGCUCUGAUUGGCUGCUUAACCGGCUCUACGCCCGCACCAUCGGGAAACGGGACCCCGGUGCAGCGGCUGCAUUUGAGCUGGACGCACAGAAGAAGAAGAAGGACUGGCAGAAAAGAGGAGCCAAGGGAAAAGAACCUGCUCGGAAAAAAAACUCUAAACCCACAAAAGGCAAAAGCAGACCUUCGCUGACCCUGACCCAAAUGAUGGGGAAAGAGGAGUCAGAUGAAGCAGCACCGAUGGGGAGCAGUGAGGAUGAAGACAAUCUGAUGGAGGAGGAUGAAGGCGAGGAAGAGCAGCUGAAGUUAAAUCUGUCCUCCGAUGCCUACUAUGGCAUCCUUAAAGAGCCGCUGACCGUCAUCCACCCCCUGAAAGGCUGCACAGACCCACACAGCCUGACCCGCGUGCUGCAUGAGGUGGAGCCCAGCUUCGUGGUGCUGUAUGAUGCAGAGCUGAGUUUUGUUCGCCAGCUGGAGAUCUAUAAAGCUAACCGGCAUGGAAAGCAUCUCAGAGUGUACUUCCUGAUCUACGGAGGCUCAACAGAGGAGCAGAAGUAUCUGACAGCUCUGUCCAAGGAAAAGAAAGCUUUUGAGCAUCUGAUCAGGGAAAAAGCUACCAUGGUCAUCCCAGAGGAGAGAGAAGGGCGAGGGGACACCAACUUAGACUUAGCCAGAAAUUUAGAGCCCGCCAAUGCUACAACUAACACCCGCAAAGCAGGGGGCCAGGAGCAGCCCAAAGAGCCUUCCAGGGUCAUUGUGGACAUGCGGGAAUUCCGCAGCGAGCUGCCGUCCCUGCUGCACCGCCGCGGCCUGGACAUCGAGCCCGUCACCCUCGAAGUGGGCGACUACAUUCUGUCUCCCGAUACCUGCGUGGAGCGCAAGAGUGUCAGCGACCUGAUUGGCUCACUGCAGAGCGGACGCCUCUACACCCAGUGCCUCUCCAUGACCCGCUAUUACAGAAAACCAGUACUGCUCAUCGAGUUUGACCCAGCCAAGCCAUUUUCUUUGAUGGCUCGCUCGGAUUUUCGAAGUGAAAUCUCGUCGAACGACAUUUCCUCCAAAUUGACGUUGCUUACGCUGCACUUCCCCCGCCUCAGAAUACUGUGGUGCCCCUCCCCGCACGCCACAGCCGAGCUCUUCCUGGAGCUGAAGCAAGGCCGUCCUGAGCCCGACGCUUCUGCAGCCCAGGCCGUCACAGCCGAGUCAGACGUGGUCGGGGAAUCAGCUGACUUCUACAACCCCGGGCCUUAUGACUUCCUGAUGAAAAUGCCAGGAGUGAAUGCCAAAAACUACAGAGCACUGAUAAAAGCUGCAGACAGCCUGGCAGACUUGGCUAAGCUGAGCCAGGAAAAGCUUGCAGAAGCUCUGGGGAAUGCUAGCAAUGCUAAAAUGCUGCAUGAAUUUCUGCAUAAUGUGGCGGAUGUUCCUGCUCCCAUUCAGAAGGCCAAACAAACAUCAUGACAUCUUUAUCUUAUAUAAUAAUGAAUUUACCUUAAUGAAAAUGAAUUUUACAUUUUAAGGAAUGGAAUGAAAUUAUUGUAGAAUAAAAUAGACAGAAGUAUU